UUUUAGCAGCGAACACCCAGCGACUUCAUUAUCUGCUGGGUCUUUCUGUCCAGAAAACCCAGAAGCUAAAAAGAAAAGAAAGAAAAAAGUUAAUGGGGUUCGUCUCUUUCUUGGGACGAGUGCUUUUCGCCUCGCUUUUCAUUCUCGCCGCCUGGAAAAUGUAUAAUGAAUUUGGUACCGAUGGUGGACCCGCUGCAAAGGAGUUGGCUAUGAAAUUUGCUGUCCUCCAGAAAAAUCUAUCCUCCAAAUUGGGAGUCAGGGUGCCUGAUGUUGAUGUUAGACAUUUAGUUGCAAUCAAUAUUUUUAUGAAAGUGAUUGGGGGCGUUAUGUUUGUAUUUUACAGCUCCUAUGCAGCUUUUCUCAUGCUCUUCAAUUUGGCGCUCACCACUCCAAUACUGUGUGAUUUCUACAAUUAUACCCCUGACGAGCCUAAUCAUCAUAUACUUUUAUAUGAAUUUUUGCAGAGCAUGGCACUUUGUGGUGCAUUGCUUUUCUUCUUGGGGAUGAAGAACUCAAUUCUGAAGAGGCAACGGAAGAAGAAGGCUCCCAAGACAAAGACAGUUUAG